AUGAGAGAGUUCACCCAGACCGUACACAGCGGGCACGUGAACGAUCAUGAGCUCCGGGACGUGGAGCCGAUCUGGGAGGCGCUCAACAAGAGGGUGCAGAUCGUUGAGUGCGAUGGCUCUCGAGAGGUGCACGUGUACGAUACCGUCGGCGAUGCGUCGGUGCGGCUGAGGCUCGAGCAGGGCAUGUCCUCACCGAUGCGGCAUGGCUCCGACCUGUCGCUCGAGUACACGCCCAACUACCUCUAUCACCCCACCGUCCCUGGCCGCGUGCGCGCCGCCUUCGAGCAGCUGGGAAGGCCCGAGCUCCUUCAACGUAUGCGCUUCAUCGCCAUCCUGCGCGAGCCGCUCGAGCGGUGGUUUGCUGCGUUCUCGCACUGCCAGGUCUACGUGACGACGUUUGAGCGAUUUUACACGCGCGGCAGUGAUGCUCGCGACGCGGCGUUUUCGGCGCUGCUCCGGUGGGCUGGCGUGCCGAUCGAGGAGAUGAUGCCACGGAGCGACCGCGACGUGCUGCUAUCGGAGAGGCGCAAUCCCACUGUCAACCAGCGAAGGGUGCUGCUGCCAAGCAGCUACAUGCUGAAGCUCGUUGCCUUCUUCGAGCCGCACAACCUCAAGCUGGCCAAACUGCUGGGCACGGGUGACGUGCUUCAGGACUGGGCCUGA